AAAGCAUCUCAUUCCUCGCCGGUCGGAUCACGGGGAGCACCGAGAUUUCUCCCGCACUGGGCUCUUUAUCAGAGAGAAGAAGAGUUUAUAAGAAAUGGUGGCGAUGGAGAAGCGCGUCAGAGCGCGCGACAGGUGGACGGAAUGGCCUCGAGCUCACCGCGACAUCACGUGAUUUUAUUUUAAGGGUAGCUGAUAGAGUUGGUUGUGUGUGGACACACACCUGAGCGAGCGACAGAUAGACCAAGAGGGAGAGAGAGAGAGAGAGAGAGAGAUGUACACAGCGGUGCUGCUCUCUUCUUCUCUGUUUCUCCUGCAUGUGACCUGCACGCCUCAGAUUCACGGUCACCACGGGAGGAGAGUGUGUGUUGGAGAUGCCUGGAGUCAUCGUGUGUCUUACAGCACAGAGUCGUUCCUUCAACCCGUUCACAAACCCUACAUCACCAUGUGCCAGAACCACCGCAUGUGCAGCACGUACAAGACAAUCUACAGGGUUUCUUACAGGCAGGUGAGCAGAGCGGCCGCUAACGUGCACUUUUACCCAGAAUGCUGUCCGGGAUGGCGACGUGUGCAUUCACACAACUGUAACCAAGCGGUGUGUGAGCAGUCUUGUGCAAACGGAGGCUCGUGUGUAAGGCCUAAUCAUUGCACAUGUCUAAAAGGAUGGACGGGACGAUACUGUCAAACAGAUGUGGAUGAGUGUAAGGAAGGUCAUCGCUGCUCACAGAAGUGUGUGAAUACGGUGGGGAGUUAUCGGUGUGUGUGUCAGGAUGGAUUCGGUCUGGCUGAAGAUGAAAUAACGUGUUCGAGAAUUCCUGCUCCCCCCGUCACCCUCCGGGCCUCCGAAAGUGGAGGUUUGGGAAUGGUGGAAAACGUUACAGAAGAAGUUCAGAUCCUUAAAAACAGAGUGGAGCUCCUCGAGCAGAAACUGGAGAUGGUUCUUGCUCCCUUCACCACGCUCUUCCCUUUGGACGGUGUGAGAGACGCUAACAGCUUCCUGCCUGAGAGGACCAACUUCCUGUCUCAUUCUCUGCAGCAACUGGACCGCAUCGAGUCGCUCAGCGAGCAGGUCGGAUUCCUGGAGGAGCGUAUCGGAGCCUGUGCUUGUCAGGAGAACUAAAACCAGCAAAGACGGGCUGGAUCUGAGAGGUCUAAAGGAACAACCGCAGCACUGAUCAAAAACCUGAACCCUGCAAACAUCUUCGAUCCGCUCGAAAAGCGCGGAGGGAAACUCGUCUGGACGAAUUUGAGCCUGCUUGGAUAUUUCGGGGUAUCUUUUUUAGUUCUUAGUUUGCGGUGGAAGUGCAGCCGUAUGGUCUCUCUAAAUGUACAUUUACAUAUUUAUAAGUUCGUGUUCUUCCUGAAUAUUGUAUUGGGAAAAGAGCGCAAAAUUGUAUUUUGUAUCGUUUCUAUGUUUACAUUUUUGUAAUAAAAAUUGCUUAAGCUUC